AUGAAUGAUAUCACUUUUGACCCUCGCAUCUCAACCAUCUACCAUUUUAUGCCUACGUAUGAAAAUGGGACAGAAGAAUUUGUCUUUGAAGCUGAAGAAGAGUACCAGCUGUGUUUCACAAACAACCCAGCUUGCCAUGCCAACUGGGUCGUUCAAAACAGCAACAAGUUGAAGAGAAACGUUUCUGUUGGUGCUUUGAUCGAUCCCAAUCUGAUCAAUGUAACUCAGUAUAUUAAAUGCGAUCAUUCUGGCACAAAGGCAGAGAGUUCAAAGAAGCAAGCAGUUGAAAAUGAUGAGCUCCCUGUUGUCAAGCGUAGAAAUACCAUGGGUAACAGCAUCAAGGUGGGAUGCUUGGCUGCUUUAGUUGUUAAGUUCUUUAAUGGCAGUAAA